UCUCACACUAUAUUUUAUUUUAAUUCUAGUUGUGAAUUUUAAAAAAUGGAGGUGAAAAAUCAUGCGCGGAUGCUAGUGUGCCUGGCUGUGAUGGUUGCACUAUUGUCACCCGAGUCCGAGGCGGUUGUAUCGUGCGACCGUAUUCGCAAUAACCUAGGGCCGUGCCUAGGUUAUCUGCGCGGCGGCGUAAUAACAUCGCCGUGCUGCGCUGGGGUUAGGGCGGUGGCGGCCUCGGCCAGAACCGCCGCCGACCGCCGUAUGGCAUGCCGAUGCUUGGUGGCGGCCGCUCAAUCGAUGCGCGGGAUUAUAGAUUUGGGGAAUGCUGCGAGGCUUCCACGAAAAUGUGGGGUUAAUAUACCGUACCAAAUUAGCCCUAACACCGACUGUUCUAGGGUUGUUUGAAUUUGGAGGUGAUGGUGUUGGACUUAAGAUGAAGUGAAAUUCCUAGUUUGUCCUUUUUAAAAAUAAUGAUAUGGUGUUCCUAGUGUUUUAAAUUUUGUUGUAUGAUUCUAUAAAACCUAUGUUUUAUACUCUCUCAUUACUAAUAUAUCCA